AUGGUGGAACUAAAGCAAGAGAUUGAUUCCUUCAACGAAGAAAUCAAGAAGAUGGAGGACGAGUACAUCAACUUGCCGUGCCAAGAGUAUGAUGCCGUUUCAUCAACGAUUGGUUGUCGCGGAAAAAAAUCGAAAAUGGUUGGACUUUCCGAUCAAUUUCAAGAAAUCCAAACGUGGCUUUUAGAUCCAACGGGACCUUGUUACCACACGCUUGUUGGAAUGGCGGGCAUUGGUAAGACCACUCUUGCUACACAGCUCUUUGAAGAUCCGUUGAUUGUGAGUCAUUUCGAUUGUCGUGCUUUUGUCACCGUAGGCCAAAAAUAUCGGUUAAAAGAUAUUCUUAUUGGUAUUUUAGCUCAAGUGAAUCCCGAGAUUGACAAAACGAGGAAAUUGGAUGAUUUGAAAAAAAUGAUUUACCAAAAUUUAAAGGGUAAAACAUACCUCGUUGUGUUGGAUGAUGUAUGGACGACCCAAGUUUGGAAUGACUUGAGAAGAAGGUGUUUGUUGAGUGGGCUAUGCCCUUCUCAUCUUGAGAAAGCUGGAAAGAAGAUUGCUGAAAAUUGUGAAGGUCUUCCUCUUCUAAUCAUUACUGUUGCCAAUAUCUUAUCCGAAGCUGACAAGACGCCAGAGUACUGGAGGAAAGCAGCAGAUAGAGACAAUUCCGUUUUCAUGGAUGCGAAUGAUCAAAUUAUGUCAAAGGUACUAUUUUCGAGCUAUGAAUACUUGCCUCAACAUUUAAAAGCAUGCUUUCUAUAUAUGGGAAUUUUCCCACAAAACUAUGAGAUUACCCGUUCCAAGCUCAUCAAUUUAUGGAGCGCUGAGGGAUUUCUCGAACACUCGGCUAUGCAAUGUUUGGAGGAGCUUGUGACGAAAAGCCUUGUUAUGGUGCACAAGAAGAGCUUACAUUCUCCUUAUAGAUCACCAAUUCAUCAAAUCAAAACUUGCGGUCUCCAUUCUGUAUUUUGGCAUUUGUGUAGCAAAGAAGCUGAGAAGAACAAUUUUUUCCAUGUCGUAAAUGGUAUAGCAGAGGCUGUGGAACACGAACGCCGAUUGUGCGUCCACAAAAAUAUUCAUUUUGUAAUUAAUAAAGAAGUGUAUAAGUCGAUAGCAUCCGUUUCGCGCACACGCUCACUCCUAUGUUUUGGUCCAUAUCACAAAUACCCGGUACCUAUUAGUUUGGAGUAUUUAAGGUUGUUGAGGGUAUUUGAUGCACUUACAAUCCGUAUGUACGAGUUCCCAAUGGAAAUACUGAAACUAGUUCAGCUGAGGUACCUUGCCCUCACUUACGAUGGAAACAUCCCUUCUUCUAUAUCAAAACUUCGAAACCUUCAGUUCUUGAUUAUCCUUCGACAUUUAAGCAUCAUUAAUUCUUGUAAGGAUUUAUCCUAUUUGCCUAUAGAAAUAUGGGAAAUGCAAGAGCUAAAGCAUCUCCAGAUAACGGGGAGUAAUCUCCCGGAUCCUUGUGGGGCCCUCUUGCCAAAUCUCGUAACACUUUUAGAUGUGAGUCCCCGUUGUUGUACUAAAGAACUUCUAGAAAGAAUCCCUCUUCUAUCAAAGCUAAGGAUUCGAUUCGAUUUGUCGGUUGAUGCUAAUGAAUCAUCGAAUCACUUACUAGAUUUUAUCUCUCGUGUCAGUUUAAGUUCACUCAAAUGUGUCGUUCUAAAUCCUAUACCGAGGUGCGAGUUUGUUGUUCUGCCACAGGCUCCAAUUGUUACAAAUUUCGAUUCGCGUGUUGUGAAGUUGAGUUUGAGUGGGUUUGGAUAUCCGUGGGAAGAUAUGAGCACGAUUUCUUCAAUGUGGAGUCUUCAAGUGCUGAAACUGAGACGCUAUGCCUUUCGAGGACCGAAAUGGGAGACUCGAGACAGGGCGUUUAAAUCACUAAAGGUUCUUGUGAUCGAAGACUCUGAUCUGAUGCAAUGGACGGUUGGGAUUAAAACCUUUCGAUGCCUCGAGCAUCUGACCAUGAGACGCUGCCAUAGACUAGAAAUGAUCCCUUCGAGUUUUGGUGAAAUUUUUGGUCUGAGCAUCAAACUGGUUGACCGCAACCCUUUGGUUGUGGCUUGUGCACAAGAGAUGGACGGGAAAAGAAAACGAAAGUUCCUUAGUGUCUCGACGUCAAUUCAUCGUUGA